CGCACAUCAUCUCUCCGACCCGUCACACCAGAAAUCACGAUAUACAGCAUGGGAUGCUGGCAUGUGGAGAUCUUGCUGACAAUCAUCAUACAUGUACAAAUCCUACUAGAACCUUUAUGGGCUAUUUAUUCAGCACCUCUCUUUGUUAGUAUUCCGAUCUCGAGAACGUAUAAAACCGGGCGGGUUCAGCAGUACGAGAACUACAUCUGCCCUCGACAUCAACACACUCUCGUCUUAUUGCAUCUCAAUCAUCCACAUCAACCCGUCUAACUGCGAUGUGCAAACAAAUAGCGUGAGCAACAGAUCAGUCCUGCAGAAAUGCUUGCUCACAACUCCCUGCGCAGUGAAGGAACACGCUGGCUAAGA